AUGCGUGACACAAAGAGUUUACUUGAUCAAUUUGAAAUUGUUGUUCUCUAUGAUAAAUUAUAUGUAUCAAAACGACGUCACAAUUAUGAUCAAUGUCGUUCAUUAGGUAUACAUUUUGUUUCAUCCGAUUGGGUUCUUGAAUCCGUACUUAAAUAUUGUCCAAAAGCAUAUUCGUUAUAUGAAGAACUCCAUUAUAAUUGA